AUGUUGUAUUUCUUGUUUAGAACCGCUGAUGACCCCGCGGCGUCUUGUCCGGAGUUGAGAAAACGCCUUCAAGAAAACGCCAAAAUCGCCGCUCACAAACUCAACUCGAUUUUGACGAGGUACUCCCGUCUGCAAGACGAUCUGCUUGAACGCGUCACUUCAACUUCCUCCGAACGCCUCGAUGAUAGCAAUCAAGCGUCAGUGAAGAAUGAGGAGGAAGAGGAGGAGGUGGAUGUUAUUGAAGUGGGUGUUUUCGAGGAAGACGACGGUGACGCAAGCAUCGGGAGGUCCGCGAAGGUGGCAGAAGCGAUUCCUCUUCCUACGACUCACCUGGACGCUAACAUCAUCUCCCCGUACUUCACCGAGAAGAACUUGCUCACGUCCGCGUCCACCUCCGCCAGCUCGGGCUCUCCAUCGAAGUCUCAACCGCUGGGUCGUCUGACGUCACCGACACCGCAGGACUCCUCCUCCCCUGCCAACGACACGUCACCUCCUCCCUGCACAUCAGAGACGCGGAUCGAUACGGCGGACGACCGGCCAGAAACCGCCUCGUGUGCUGACGACGCACCAGCUGCUGAAACCGCCGAAGCCGCUGACGCACCCGAGGUCAUUACAAUCAGCGACGACGACAACGACGACGACGAGGAGCCUGAAGUAGUGUCCUAUGAGUGGAACGCGCCACGCUCGCAACAAUUCCCCGCAUUCCACGCUCUUCCCGGGUCGUCGGUGACCAACAGGACGGUCACACGGAAGGCCAGCAGAGUGCGAGGCGGUGGCUACGUCAUCUCGGCGUCGGAGGAGCAGAGCGUUGUCCGCGUCGUUCCCUCGUCCAACGCCAUGGAAGGCGUCACCACGCAGGUCGUGCAGCAACGUCGAGAGCAACAAUUCUACAUACCGCCGUCUUUUAAUCCCUUUCGCGUACACCGGUUUUAA